AUGACAGCUCUCUGUCGAAUGCGAAAACAUGUUUCAAUUAUGCAAAUUUCAGCUCUACAGGCUGUAACAUUUUCUCUGGACGGAACCAAUGUAAGAGUUAGUUUUCGGAUGUACAUGAUGUUUUUGUUUCUCCAGAAGCGUCAGGUUCUUUCUGUUCCAGCUUCCAUCAAAGGUCUUGAUGCCUGUGCAGAAAGGGCUCUGAUUUGGACGGAAGACGAAGCUUAUGUAUUUGUGCUUGGUCUGUGCAAACCGCAUAACUUCUCUUCUAAAUUUCUCAUGUCUGCAGAAUCAGGAAGCUGUGCGAUGGUAAAGAUAGUAGGCAAUGCUUCUAUGGCUAUUCAUAACAACAAUUUGUACUACAGCGACGAGGAAACUGUAAAAGUCAUUUCUUGCACGGUUACAUCUAAUGGUUACAUUCGAUUAUGGAGAAUGGAGGGUACAGAUCUUAUUCCGAGCGGAGGGUCACGCAUUAAGAAUUUCGAAGAAAACUUGCAGGAAUUGAACAUCCUAUCUGUAUCUUCAGAGCGGGGCAUACUCUCUCAAUGCCAAGAUGAAUUGCAAAAUUUGGCCUGUGUGGCAACAAGGCUUGGGCUCCUUGAUGAUGUAGAGAUCAUGUACAAACGCUUUCAACGCUACGACCUUUUGAAUUUCUUUUAUCAGACAUGUUUAAACUGGGAGAAGUCAUUGCAACUUGCUUCUAGUCACGACUUUUUGCAUUUAAAACCCACACAUCAUGCGUACGCAAAGUACUUAGAAAGCAUGAAUGAUAUAAAAGGAGCAAUAAAACAUUACGAGCUUUCAGACACACACAGAUAUGAGGUUCCUCGUAUGUUGUUCUCCCUUCAACUGUUAGAAGAGCUUGAAUUAUAUGUUAAACGUAUCAAAGACUCUUCACUACAACAAUGGUGGGCACAUUUUUGUGAAGUCAAUGACAACUUUUCCAAAGCCAUUGAAUAUUAUACAGCUAUUGCACGUGAGGUACCAGCAUUCCCUUUAUUUACUUCAUACUUGUUCUUCUCACAGCUUAAACGAAAUGAAAGCAUUGAAGAGGCCAUCCAACUAUUUUCAAGAGCAGGUAAAUUUUGUUAUGCAGCAAACUUAGCCAUGGAGCAUGGGUUCGACAACGAACUUCUUUCCCUUUCACUGCAGAGCUCUAAAGAUUUAAUGGUUCGCUCUGGAAGAUACUAUGAAAACAAAGGAAUGCACGAAGAGGCUGUUUUGCUGUAUCAGAAGGGUGGCGAAUAUAAAAAAGCUGUUGAUAUUUGUAUAUGCUUACAUUUAUUUGAUGCGUUACAGUCAAUUGCUGAUGACCUUGACGAAAGUGCCGAUCCAGCUCUUCUUGCAAGGUGCGGAGAUUAUCUUAUGUCAAAUAAUCAGGUUGAGAAAGCAGUUAUUCUUUAUAUUGCCGCAAAAGAACACGAUCGUGCUCUAGAACACUGUAUCAAGGGAGCCACUGUCACGGACAAAAUUGCGGAGCAUUUUAGUGCAAAGUCGUCACAUAGUGAUUCUGGACAUUACAAGCAAACGAUUUUAACUCUAGCAGAGUGCUGCGAUGCUCAAGGGCUUUAUCACCUUGCAUGCAAGAAGUACAGUCAUGCUGGUGAGAGCGUAAAAGCAAUGAAGGAUACUGCUGUUCGCAUAGGGGACGUGUAUGCCCUUCUGGUGGAGUUCUAUGUCAGUGAAGGCAAUAUGACACAUGUAAACCUGUGA